AUGACAGAUCCCCGAGACGUGAUUGCUGACAAUAUGAUACUGGAGGUAUCGCAAGGUCGCCCUAACAAGGGAGGUUGGAGCUGCAAAUCGAUGCAGAUGACAAACGAAGUAAUUCUAUUGAUGGCAAAUUUGUUCCAGCCAGCUUACGGAGACAAGUCUGGGCAAGAUGAGGUAACAAAUGCUAGAACAGAAAAUCAAAAUAUAACUAUGCUACAGAUAAGAGACGAGGACUCGUACAAGAGUGAAAUCCCUAAAACCACUAUUAAAAAGAAUAAUUCCCCGAAAGACAGAAUUACAACUACUGAGAAUAAAUGCCUCAAAGAUGAUGCUUGCGAUAAUCUGGAGAUUUCUAUGAGAAAACACACAGUAGAGAAAAUCUUCAAGUGUGGUUUUUGCGAUUAUGCCAGUAAUUGUAAAGGUAAUCUUAAGAAACAUAUGAGAAUACACACAGGAGAGAAAAGCUUCAAAUGUGGCUUUUGCGAUUAUGCCAGUAAUUGUAAAGGUAAUCUUAAGAAACAUAUGAGAAUACACACAGGUGAGAAAUGCCUGAAAUGUGAUGUUUGUGACUUUGCUUGUAACCAUAAAGGUAGUCUAAAGGAACAUAUGAGAAUACAUACUGAAGAGAUGCGUUAUAAACGUUCAUAUUAG